AUUUACAAUCUAAUCUCAAAAGCAGUAAGGGAAUUACUGUUUUCAUUCCAAAUAAUUAUUCACCAGUUUUGGUACAAAAUAAUGAGACUCAGUUAGCAGAUCAUAUGGAGAAUCCUUCUGCAUUAAUUUAUGGAGAGCAGUUAACAGAUAAGUCAGAGAAUGGGAAGUCAACAGCAAAUUUAAUUGAUAAUUCUGUGCUGAACGAAUUGCAAACAACAAAAAAUAUAGAAAAUUCAGAGUCUUUAAAAAAAGCAGCAAAUUUAGAUUUAACAGAAUUAAUAAGACUUAUAAUAUGA